UGUUCGGGCCGGACCGCCCUGUGCUCCGCGUCAGUCAAUUGUUGUGCUUCCACUGCCGGUGCAGCUACGGAUUCAUGUGUCUGCGAAACAGUGGCGCCACCAUGUUGCAGCGGGUGUACGAACGGCGGCAUGGACGUCGUGGUGGCGCUCUUGGCGAUGCUGAGCGCUCUGAUACUGCUCGUGUGCCUCAUCUGCUACUGCUGUCACCGCGGCUCCAGCAAGAGCUCGCAGUACUGGCAGGCGCAGCCCGAUGUCUUCACUGUCGACGAACAGUGCUCUGAGGCAGCGGGGGUGUUCCUGCCCCAGGAGUCCUGCUCCCCGACCGCCCCCAGUCCGCCUCCAGCGUACGACAUGGUCAUAGCGGGCAGACCCCAGGGAAAGGGCGAGGAAGAGGAUGACAGCGGGCUGCCUAGCUACGCGGCGGCGCUUCGGCUGGGAGCCCAGGGUUACGUCUGAGCGCAGGACAAAAGCAGAUACUGUUCUGUGCAAACAUGUCGACAGGUGCAAGCAGCGUUGGUGGAUGAUGUUUACAGGUUGACGUUUAGAAAGACAGAGAUGGAGACAGCAGAUUUUCUUCAUGACUGUAGCUUCUGUGGGAAACAUUUAACACAAUACGAUGGAAGAAGUUUGCAGUGAGAUGUGUAUAUUGUUAAUUAGUUAGCGUUCUUCGGAACGAGUUUGUAUUGGUAUUUGCAUCACCUUUCAACUGUUUUUAAAAAGGGCAAUAAUUUAGGGUAUGUUACACGUGAUUUUAAUUGACACGGAGAGUUUUAAACGAGUCAAGAAGCAAUCGAAACAAAUGCAACAAUUAAACAUUUGAAAUUGUGGUUCUGGGCGCAUGCGUACAAACUAACGUAACCCGGGAAACAUGGACUGCAAUGACGCUCUUUCUUUGCUGCGUUAAGAUCUCAAACAUGUCUACUAGCUCCACAGGUUCCCCCUCCCCAAAUUUGUCAACUGAUUAUCGCAAAAUUCACCAAAAUUUUGGGUCGCUACCGCCAGGCCCUUAGUUGUUAUUAUUAUUAUUAAAGGUAACGCUAUCCCUGUUACAGGCCGUGAAGGCCCAUAGGGGGGC